AUGCUCCUGCCGCACGGCAUCGCGUCCGUGCCGCUCGAUGUGCUGAAUACCAGUGCAUCCAAGGCGCGAUCCUAUGCAGUCCCAUGCGCAUCGGCUGCGAAGGCGCCGGUGCCGGCCACCCACGCGCCGCACCUCGCAGCGCAUGCCUCGCAUGCGGCCACAUGCCGUGUGUCGGUCUUGGGCCCGCGCGUCGUGGCACUCGCUCGCUUCCUUGAUAGCACGCGCGAGAUUGAGGUGCGCAUCCUGGGCCAGGCCGGCGCACCGGCGCCUGUGCGUUUCGUGUUUCCGGCGCCGGUCCUUCCCAACGUGGGCAUGGUCGAAGACGGUGCCUCGAGCGAUCUGUACGUGUUGGCUGUCACGGCUACGGGCUAUCUGUACCGCCUGCGUGUGCCAUUGACGAGUCUUCUGCAUGGCCAUCCGCUGCCGACGCGGUGGGCGCACGAGCACCGCAUGGCCCACUUUGCCUCCCACGAGACACACACGGAAGCUACGAGUGUGCACGUCGUGGAUCAGGCCCUCCUGCUUGUGUCGUGCGCGGAUGGAGCUCUGGUCCAGCUGGCGUAUGCGUCGGAGGACUUGGCAUGGCGCGAAAGUGUGCUUCGUCCCUCGGCCUUUUCGUUCUCGCGUCUGUUCGGCCGCAGCGCAGCGGAGCCCGUCUCACCGGUCCAGACGCUGGCGAUCGCGACGCAUGUGUCUGGUGCAGAUACGCCACUGGCGCUUUGCGUAUGUCGUGAUCGCAAGCUGCGCGUGUGGAACAUGGCCACAGAGACACUCGUGCGCACGCUCGACUUGCCGGGACCCUCCGAGGCGGUGUGGGACAGCUCGGCACAGCCACAUAUCCAGCUCUUUUACCCGGACGACGGUGCAUACUCGUUCUAUGCGCUUGUGUACGUCCCCACACAUGGCGCCUGCCUCGCAGCGUACGGCAUCGAGCUCGAAGAGAGCACCAGCUGGUCAGGCGGCGUGGGCGAUAUGGGCCUGGUAUGGACCCGGCCGUGUGAGAGCUUGGCUCUCGCACCAGACAUGGAGCUGCGUGACAUGGCCGUGGUGCGCGCGCGGCGCGCAUGGCGCGUCUGGCUCCUGUGGCAUGCAGGCGGCGCGCCCCUCCUCCAGACGACGCUCGUCGAUGGCCUGCGCGCGUCGGAAGAGCAGCACGUCGUGCGCGGCCCAACGGAAGAUCCGUGGAUCCAUGUCCAGCCCUUCGACCCAUACACGCCGCUUCAUGGCCCCGCACUCGACGCGGCGCUGGCCACGCACACGGGCAGCGCCGUCACGGCGCUCUUCCUCGAGCGCUUGUGUGAACCUGCGCGCUUCAGCGCCACGACACUCACCGCCGCCUUGCAGGCCGAGGGCGUACACGUAGCCGGCGAGUCGCUCCCACGCAUCAUGGCGGCGAUUGCCGCUACGAUCGGGGCUGCCUCGACGGAUGCAUGGCUCCGCUUCAUGCGGCGCGUCGAGCAGAUCGACCGUGCGGCCAGGUGGCCCCUGCGCCUUUGCAUGCUCGACGACGUGCCGUGUGUCGUGGCGCGCCACACACUGGGCGUGGCGUGCGCAAGGGGCGCGGGUGCGUGGCUCGCGGGUCUCGCUACGCGUCUCGCUGCCGCUGCGCCCCACCGAGAUCGUCCGAGCGCCCGUCUCGCAGGCGAGGCGGCGAGCGCCGAGUACGCGCUCGUGCUCCAUCAGCUGACCCACGUACCCAGCGAGGCGUAUGCGCCGGUGGUCGAUGGAGGUGCGUCGCUCUUACCAGUCGCGACGCUGGCGAUCGAAGCGUACGAUGCGUUGGGCGCGCGCGCGCCGCGGCUGGUGGACGCGUAUGCGCUGCAGGGAGCGCCGCUCCCGAUCCCGUCGCGCAUGCACGAACGUGUGGCAGCGCUGACGGAGCGGAUCGGCGGCGACGGACUCGUCCACGCCGCCGAGCGUCUGGCGGCGUUGUAUGCGGACGAUGCUUGGCUGGCGCCAGCAUGGCUCGAUGCCGUCACGGCCUGUGCGCACAUGGCUCAUGUGCAUGCGCAAUGGCAGGGAACGCGAUCCCUCCUGGUCCUGCUGUCGCUCGUGACGCACGUCCCGGCCCUCCAGAGCGUGCGUGCCGCGACGCUGCGUGCGUGGCGCUCGGCGCGUGCCAUGUACACCCUGGCCAGCACGAGCGAUCACGAGCCGACGCUCGGCCUCGUGCACCGCGCACUGCUGCGCGGCGUGCCGCCUGGCGCGCGUGUCGAUGCGUUUUGCGCGGCUAUUCUGCCGGACGCGCCGGACGCCGUACGUGUGUGCCUCCAGGGCGACGAGGACCCGGUGUGUGUGUACCUCGUCGCCCGAGCCGAUGCGCUGCGCGGACGCUUCGACGACGCGUGUGCUGCGCUCGUGCGCGUCCAUGCCGCUCUCCCCACGCACGCUCCCAAGCUCCGCCCUGUACUCCCCUUCCAAGACAUCACCGACUUUGCCUUUUGGACACACGCCGCCUCACUCGUCGAAGCGAGUGUGAGCGCGUCGUACAUGUGCUACCGCCACGCGAUGCAUGCGCUCGAGGCGGGUGCGGACGUCGCCGAGGCCGAUGCACGGCAGGUAUGGACGCAGGUAUUCCAGGCACAGUUGGCCCUGCACAUGUACGAGGCGGCAUCGUCGACGGUCCUGAGUAUGCCGUUCGAUGACCUGCGCACGACAUGCAUCACCACGCUCGUUACCACCCUGUGCCACGCACACGAAACGCACACACUGCUGCGCCUCGACCUUCUUGAUUGGCAGCCACACGUCGAGCGCACGCUGAGCUUCCACGCUCGGCAUGCGUCGCCCCUCGCACACCCAUCGUACUUCCACAUUCUCUAUGCGUACCACAUUUCCCGCGGCGACUACAAAAGUGCGGCGGCGUCCAUGUACCAGCACGCCCGCCGCAUGUGCGUGCUGGCCCAGAGUGCACAGCCAGAUACCAUGCGCACGUACGCCGUGCGCCAGGCCCAGAGCUACCUGGUGGCCAUCAACGCUUUGACCCUGCUCCCACCGACGCAUGCCUGGUUCGCGCACGACCACGCCGACGGUCUGGACGUCGGCCGUGGCAAGCACCGGGCUCUGCGUGGGCGUGUCACGCAGUACGUGCCGACGGCCCAAGGCGCGUCACCGCCUCUCGCCAUCGUUCAGCUGGCGGAUGUGCGGCGCGAGUAUGACGAAUUGAUGACACGGUUGGAACUGCUGCACACGUACCCCGAACUGGCGCACGCUGCGACGCCGUGGCGUGCGGAAGACGCGCUGUCACUCUUCAUUGCCAACGACGACUUUGACGCGGCAUGGUCGUGUGCGCAGCACCUCGACUUGCCGUUGAACGGCUUCUUCGAGGCACUCACGCACACAGCUGUGACACUCGAGCGCACCUUUCACCAGCGCAAGGCGCAGUACGAGCAUCUUGAUCCCGCCCUGCAGGCGCUGUACAUGGCCGACGAAGAAGAGGCCGAUGCGAAUGCCACUUUCCUCCGCCACUCGGCCUGCACGGCCAGCUGGCCGGGACAUGCUCACGAGCGGGCAUGGAAGUACCUGCGCCUCCAUCUCGAGGCUGCCAAGCAUGACGAUGCAGCAGCGUACCGCCGCACGAUCGCAGAGACGCUUGUGGCUUCGCAUGCAUGGGAUCUGGCGCCCGAUUGGCUCUCCGCGUGGUUCCAGCAGCAUGCACCUGAUGUGCUCGUCCGCGUGUGGAUGCGCCACGGUAUGCUAGAGCAGGCACUCGUCUACUGCACGCAGCUCGUGGAUGCGUCGAUGAGUGCCCUGCGCACAGGGCAUGCGCAGCCGCCAUCUUGCUUGCCAUACACCCUCAUGGACAGCUUGCUGGCCGCCGCCACCACGCAGGGCGUCGACGCCCACGCGCUGCGUACGAGCCUCGAGGCCCGGAUGAAGGCCCUCCACAAAUAG